GCAGCCCAGCCCUCACAGCACAUGAAGGAUGAAAGUGACCAGAGGGGAAGAGGCUGAGCUUCGGGAGGAGCUUUCUCUACUUGAUCCUCUUAAUGAAUUGGAGUCCCAGACGCCUCCGGCCCCGAUCCCGUGUGCCAUGCUCCUGCUCCCACCGCUGCUGCUGCUGCUUCGGGCUCAGCCCACGGUCACCACCUCAAAUGACUUGAUUUCCAAGCAGAACCAAGGCCCCCCCAGCCUGACGACUCAGUGCGUGUUUGGCGAGUACUGGACUGCCAGCCACUGGUGCAAGUGCUGCCCGGCCGGCCAGUAUGUCAGUGAACCAUGCAGGAGCCCGCACACCCUCGGCAGGUGUGUGAAGUGUGACAGAGGGACGUUCACAGCGUUCCCCAACGGCCUGGAUUCCUGUUUCCCUUGCGCCACCUGUUCCGAAGAUCAAGAAAUGGUGAUGGAGUGUACUUCGACCAGGGACAGGAUAUGCCGAUGUAAACCGGGCCAUUUCUACGAGCUCCCGGACUUCUAUGAAUUCUGCAGACGGUGCAGCAGGUGUCCCAAAGGGAAUGUCGUCCUACAUAAAUGCAACUCUACGGCAGACACAGUGUGCGGCGAGCCUGACCCGGGGUACAGAUACUCAUUCUUUGUCCUCGUGGCGAUCUGUCUCAUUGUCCUGAUUUCCUGUGCAAUCAUACUUUGCUACAGUAAGACACAAUAUGGAAGUAUCUGGGCUGUGUGCCAUCGUCUCCGAGACGGAAAUGGUGACAGAAGAGAAAACGCGUUGUCUGAAGGCUCAGUGCCCUUGGCAUCGUCAGAUGGGGAACCAGAUGCAGACUCUUCAGUCCUCACGACAGGAAAUGUAAGCCCGUCUGAAGACACCUUGGACGUGGUGUCUGAGGCCCCGACCUUCACCAGGAGCCCAGAGAGCCCGGCGGGUGUCAAUGGCACACAGGCUUCAGCAGGUGCAGGAAGCCGAGCCCCAGACAGGUCACCACAGCCUGAUCUAUGAUUUUGAAGGCCGGUCUUCAUGCUUAAUCAUUCUAUUAUUCUGUUCAAAACUGGCCACAGGCCUGUUCUCCUCCCCACCCACACCCCCAUCCCCCCAGUUGUCUGAAGCUGGUCUACAUUUCCCCUUUUUGUUAGAAUGCCAGUUUCCCCAGUGCUGGUCAACGUCAUACAGCCCUGCACUGGGUCAUAUCUGGAACUUUCUGUUACCUCAGCAGAGAUCCCUUGAACCUGCCCCGCCUUGACAUGCCCUCCUGGGUGACCUUGACGACCUUAGGGUCCUUAGGACGGACAUGGAUUUCUCAGGAAGAGCAAAUGAUUUCAGUCCUUCAAGUUGUGUUUGAUUCACUCAAGGGGGUGGUGUGCAGACGGGCGCAGUGGGGCGGCACACAGUGGUCCCGGGGGAGUCCCUUCCAGUGCCUGCUGCUUGCACCCUGUGCGGUCCCCGCAGCCACCUCCAGAGCCACCUAGGAUGGGAGCUCAGUCUCCCCGUGUCCCACAGGGGCUGUGCUUGGGGCUUCAUUCCUGGCCUGUGCUGGCCUGCGAUGGGGACGCUGCCUGGGUGCGGGUGGGUCAGGUAAGGGCUGCAUUGCGAUCAGGCUUCCGACCUGAGGAGUUCCUUCAUUAGUUCUAACUGGCAGUUGCUGUGCUUGUGUGUUUCCUUUGUGGAGUCUUUUUAGGGUUUUCUGCAUAAAAGAUGAUGAACAGAGAUCGUUUUACUUCUUCCCUUCCAGUUCGAAGCCUUUUACUUUUGCUUCUUGCAUCUCUAUUCUGGCCAAUGUUCGGCCUUUCUGUGCAUGCAGGUGGGAGCAGUGCUUCUACGCUUAUUAAGGCGGGAAGAAGUGAGAGACGCUCCCUUGUGGGACAGCAGUGGGGUGUAGUCACACAGCAGCCUAGUCAACUGUCCCACCGUGUCUUUCCUUAAGGAAAGAAGAAUCUGUAAGACUGUGCCUUUCUGGGACUUUGUUCCAUCCUUGU